AUGCUCAGCUCUUACUACGUGGAACCUGAGCUGGGUGUUUUCCCUCCAAUAUUCAUACAUUCAGAAACUCGUAUUGUUGUGAAAAUAAUCAACAAUAGAGAUGAAUUUCUGAAUUAUGAAUGGAGAAUGCACUCAAAUGAACAAGAAGAACAAGAAGUACUGGAUUUUUUCGACACAUAUGAUCCAGAAGAACGGAAAAGUGCAACAAAUUUACUAUUAUUUAACUCUAAAAACUUUACAAUUGAUGAUCUUACCGGACAAAUAUAUCCACACGGAAUGAAACAAGUCGUUAUAUCUUACAAUCCUAAAGAUGCAGCUGUUCAUGAAGAAAAAAUGUACCUAUAUGAUACAAAUUCUCAUGAGAGAUUACCGUUUGCUCUUAGAGGUGUCGGAAUUCCUCCAAAAGCAACACUAAGUACUGAUAUGAUCAACUGUGGCCAUGUUGCACUAGAUACUAGAUACGAAUACCAAAUAACUCUUAAAAAUACCGGAGAAAUUCCAUUAAAAUACAAUAUCAAAAACGACAAAGACAGAAAUCUACAUUACGAAUUCCAUCCAGAAUCCGGCUCCGUUAACACUGGAGAAUCAAUUCCAAUUUUAGUUGUAAUAGAAACGACAAAAGUUGGUCAAUUCCAAGAAACAUUCGACAUAUUCAUCGAUGAAUGCCCUAUAGAAUCAUUACAUCUUACAAUUGGAGGCAGAGUUAUCGGUCCUUCCUUUGAAAUCAAUCCAAAGCAAGUUAAUUACGGAACAGUGGCUUACGGGUUUGUUUAUUCACAAGUUUUCGAUAUUAAAAAUACAAGCGACAUUGCUCUCGAAUACAAAAUGGAAAUUCCUCAAGAUCCAACUUUUGAUAUUCGCGAAUUCUCAGUUACACCUAAUACAGGCAUUGUCAAACCACACAGUAAAGCUGCUGUUAAGCUAGAGUUCAUACCAAACUCUCUAAAAGACUAUUCUACUCAAAUGGUAAUAACAAAUCCGAAAUACGAGAAUCCAUUAGCGAAAAUACCGAUACAAGCCACAUGUAUAUGUCCAAAUAUUAUUGUUUCAACACCAGAUAUUAACAUUGGCAACUGUUACAUUGGUCAUACAACUUUAAUUAAAGUUACUCUUCAAAAUACAUCAUUGUUUCCAGGCAAAUAUGAAUAUAUAGAUACAGAAGAUCAUACAGCCGAGCUUGACUAUGAUUUCUCUAUUGAACAUAUCACGGGAAUCGUUCCUGCAAGAACAAAAAGUGAAAUUUCUUUCUUUAUAACUUCAAAACAAGUUGGACCAUUUUCUGUUGUAAGAAAUUUCAAGAUAAUAGGUAGUGGUAAACGAGAAUUCACUGUUAAAGGAAUAUCCAUUGGUCCAACAAUAGAAUUCGAUUCCAAAAUCAUUGAUUUCGAAAAAAUUGAUGUUUUAAAUGAAAAAACAAAAAUUUUGACAAUAUUUAAUAACUCGCCAAUCAAUGCUAAUUAUUCUGUUUCUCUCAAGACAUCUGAUGUAUUUAAGAUUAACAAAGAAAAAGAAGAACUUAAGCCUUACGAAAAAACAGAAUUAGAAGUAAAAUGUGUGGCAAAUGAUUGUUUGAAAUUUUCAAGUGAAGUGACACUUUAUUUCAAUUAUUUGAUGCCAAUAACUAUACCUAUUAUAGCUAAAGGUGUUGGAUUUCCUAUUGUUCCUAAUAUAGAAAUGACUGAUAUUAACAUGGGAUCAGUUUUUGUUUCUGAAAACGUGACAAAAGAAUUUACAUUGACAAAUUUCGGAAAAAGGAGUUUUGAAAUAAAAUGGGAGAUAAAAACACAGAAAGAUUAUACGAAGAAAGGAUCUUUCCCAAUGUUCCAUGUAAUGCCGGAUCAAAGAGUUUUAUUCCCUGGUGAAGAAAUGAACUUUUCUUUUGUUUCUUCUUCAAAAAGAUCUUUGCAAUAUAAAAUUCUUCUAAAUUGUAUUUUGACAAUGGGAAAAACAAAAAUUGUCAUUUUCAAACCAACGGUUUUUGGCACUUUUAUUGAGCCAACAAUUGAAUUUGAGAAGAAUGAAUUAGUGUUUAAUUAUAACCACGAUUUUGAAAGAGAAGAACAGAUUUCCGGACCUCAAAUCGAAGGAAAUUCAUCAACAUUGAUACAGCCAUCGAAAGAAUUGUUGAAACCAUUGAGUUUGCAAAGUAGUUUCAUUGUUAGAUGCGAGAUAAAUGUCAAUAUAUUCGCGGAAGUUGAAUAUCCUUUCUCUAUCCAACCAAAUAAAUGGGAUGCAAAACCAAACGAACCUAUUCAAUUUCUUGUCACUUUUGAUCCAAGUUUCAAACAAAACUUUUUAAAUGAAGUUGUUAAAUCACAGAUAUAUUUCAGCUUUUCUAACAAAGCGCAGAAAUACAAAAUAGAUUUAACAGGAAAACUGAAUUUCUCGAACAUUAAUUUUGUAAAUGUUCAAAAUUCGACAAUUGAUUUCGGAACAAAAAUCCAAGAUUCCGAAAAUCAGUUCAUCAUAAAUAUUUUCAAUCCAGGAACAAUAGAAGCAAACUACGAAUGGACAAUAUUAAAAACAGGUGAUGAUAAUUCUAAAACAGUAUUUGACAUUUGUCCAAUUCGUGGAAAACUUCUUCCAAAUUCAAAAGAUAAUGUCACUGUUUCUUACAAAGCUUUGGGUGAUGAUACUAAAUCAUUCCAUUAUUCAACAGCUUUGUGCCAUGUAAUUGGUGGCCCUGAUUAUACAUUUACUUUGAAAGGAAACGCUGCUCCUCUUAAAUACAAAGUUUCUCCAACAGAAAUUGAUUUCGGAAAUCGUUUGUAUUCUGAUAAUUUGACAACAGCAAUUGUUAUUGAAAACCAAAGUCAAAUUGAACUCCCUUUUUCUGUUUUUGUCCCUAAGAAAUUGAAAUUUUCGUUUUUGAGUUGUGAUCCAAUGAAAUCUAUUGUUCCGCCAAAUUCAAUGAAAACCGUUAACGUAUCUAUCGUUCCUGGAUCACCUGUUAACUACAAAGAGAUGAUACACAUAAAACUAGACCAAUUUGAACAAGUAGAAAUCCAGUUAAAAGUAGAAUGCCAAUUUAAUCAACUGAAAAUGGAAAUUCCGAGAUCCGAAAAUGAUGUAAAUGUGAAAUACAGUAAAAACAACAAAACAGAGUCAUUGGAGAAAAUCGAGAAAGAUCUGUUUAUUCAGAACUGUUCUUCACCAACAACUAAAACAAGAAAUAUUGUUUCGAAGAAAGGACAAAGACAAUUUGUUGGAAAUUAUAACUCUCAUUUCGUUGUUGAUUUUGGUCAAAUUAUUUUAGGUCAAAAAGUGACAAAAUCAUAUGAAUUCACUUCACUUUCACCAUUAACAAGUAGUUUUGAACUAUUUGAUAGUUGUUUAGAGAAAAGCGGAUUCACGUUUGUUAACAAGAACUUUUCACAAAUUUAUGAAAAUGAAAAAUACAAAAUUGAAAUUGAAUUUGAAACAAUUCCUGAUAUAAAGAAAAUUGGAAAAGUUUUGUACGAAAUUCCUUUAGUUUUCAGUGAUGAAAAUGCUUAUUUAAUUGAACUCAAAGCACAAAUUAAAACUCCUCUUCUAUCUUUCUCUUCAAAGAACAUCGAGUUUGAAGAAACAGUUGUUGGACAACAAAGAAUCAAAUACAUCCAAGUAAGAAAUGAUAAUCCGGUUCCAUUAGAUUUGGCGGUUUUGCCAGCGGUUAUGACAAAUCACGUAAAUCAACCAAAAGAAGCUCCGUUUCAUUUUGAUUUGCAAAAGGUUACUCUUGAACCGUUUUCUUACAUUAAUCUUUCUUUGAAAUUUGUUCCAACAUCGGAAAACAAUUUUAAUUAUCAGAUACCGAUAAAAGUUCAAUAUUCAAAUGAAAAUUACAACAUAAAUUGUUCAGGAAAUUCCGUUGAUUUGAAGAUUACUUUUGAUCCACCAUCCAUUGUAUUCAAACCAACAUUCCCUUACAAUGAUGUUUAUCCAGAACAAGACUUCAAAAUCAUCAAUAACAACAAAUAUCCAAUAACUGUUAUUUCGAACCAAUUUGAUUUCCAACUUUUGAAUGAACAAAUUCGACCUUUAUCUCCGGAUCUGACGAAAACACCAUCUCAACCAUUAAUAAUUAAUGAUGAAGAGAAUACGCUGAAACAAUUAAAGAUAGUUGUAAUUGUUCAUGGUCUUCCAAAAUCAGGAAAAUCAACUGUUUGUCAAAUUUUGUCAAAAUAUUUGGAUUUACCACUUUUAUGUCCGAAAUCAAUUUUCGAAGACAAGAAAGACCAAAAGGAGUGCAAGGACUUAUUGUCUGAAAUAUUGUCAAUAACUUCUUUCGCAAGAGGAAUGAUUAUUGACGGUUUGGACGGCUUUGACGAUCCAGCAGAAACGGAUCAAUUUAUUCAACAAUCAUUGAAGAAAGAGAAGAAACUACAUGAUGAAUUACAGAAGAAUCCAUUCUUUGUGUUCCCACAUCCUUUCACAACAGGUAGUGAACAGAUGUUAGAUUUGAUUUUGAGUGUUUUACCAGAUGCAAGAUUUUUCGGAGUUUUCUUGAAUUGUUCGAAUGAAACAAUCAACAAAAACGAACAAAAAUUUUUGAACGAAAACAUAAAAGUCGAAGAAGAAAGGAAGCAACAAGAAAUAAUUAGGUUCUUUUCAAUGGAUGAGAAAGAAUACUUGAGUUUGCCUCCAGAAGAACAAAAGAGAAUUGAUGAAAUCAGAUCAAAAUAUAGAAAAGAAAUGCUUCUGAAAGAUAACAUUGAAGAAAAAUUUACUCAAUCUUCAUCGAAGCUCCCAACAAUAAAGAAACAAAAAGCAGUACCAAAAACAACAAACAAAGAAAUAUUAUAUAAUAUAACUAUUGGUACUUUAACUACAAAAUUAUUGACAAAUUUGGCUGUUGACAUUUUGACACUUUUCCCUGACCAAAAAUGUCAAGAUCCUCAUUCAAUAAAUUCCAUUUUUGUUGAUGCGAAUACAGAAGGAUAUUCCGAUAGAAUAAUGGCAUUCAUUCCUUCUUACAGUGAAUUAAGUAAGAAAUUGAUUUCAAUGACUUUGCCAAAACCAAAAUUAAUUAUUGAUUCAAUGGAAAAUGACAAAUUACGUUUGGAAGAUUCACCAUUAUUCUUUGGAUUAGUUAAUAAUGAAUCACCAAUUGUUGAGCAGCCAAAGGAACCACAAAGUCCUGAAAGUCCAAGAAGAAUAAGAGGAUCAAGAAGACAAGAAAGAGAUCCACCAAAACAAGUCGAAAUAGAGAACAUUUACGAAGGAAUCAAUAUAAUGAAUUACACAAAAAGAUGGGAAUUAAAUCCAGGAGAGAGUUAUCAAUUGAAAGUGAACUUCACCGGACAAAAUAUUGGAGAUUACAAUGAUAAUCUCAGAUUUUCAAUUGAAAACGGAUCAAAUUACACUUUCUGCUUGAAUUUGCAAGGAAAAGUUGUUUAUCCAGACUUGGAUAGAUCAAAUGAAGCUAUAUUUAGUAGAAUUAUUCCUAAACUCAACCAGAAAACAAAGAACAGUUUUGUUUUACAGACAAAUGAAUUCCAUUUCGGAUCAAUUUUGGCACAAAGUGGGAAAAUUGGUGGUAAAAACUUUGUUCCUGCAUUUAAACAAUCAUUUAGACUGUUUAAUCCUGGAAUACUACCUUGUGAAGUCUCUUGUCUUCUCACAGAUCAAACAAACAAAACAAUAAUGUGGAAUCUUGAAAACAAAAACGUGACAAUUAAUCCACAUGAAGAAUCAAAUGUCACUUUUUCGAUGCAUCCCAUUUCACCUGAUGUUUACAAGAACAAACUUUGUUUGUACAUUAAAGAUAAUCCAGAACCCAUUUAUAUACCAAUAGUUGCUGAUGUCUGUGUUCCUCAAUUAAACUUGUCAACAACAAAUUUGGAAUUCGACAAAAUUUUGUCAAAACAAACAAAAAUUUUGAAGUUUUCUUUGACAAAUACAGGUAAAAUACCUUUGUCGUUCAGUAUCAAACAGUUAAACACACUCUCUGAUGCAAUAAAGUUCUCUUCAGAUGGUGGAAAGUUGAAUGUAAAUCAAUCUACAACGAUAAAUGUCACGUUUUCAAAUCCAAAACCAGUUGCAAUUAAAAAACAGAUAACUAUUGAUAUUUUGGAUGAAAAUAACGAGAAGACAUAUAACUCAUUGCACAUGAAUGUUAAUGCAGAAGCGUUUGAUACUAAUUUCGAUUUCCAAUGUUCAAAAGAUGUCAAAAAUGGUCAUAUUGAUUUCGGAAACCUGAAAGUUAAAGACAAAAAAGACAUCACAUGUUAUAUAAAGAACAAAGGAAAGUAUCCAUUUAACUUUGUUAUCGAACAAAACAAGAAAGUUCCUUUCGUCUUGUUAAACACUAAUCAAGGACAAGUAAAUCCAUCGGAUAAACCAAUUCCAAUCAUUUUCACAUUCAAUCCUUUGAAAAUGUCGAAAAUUGUCAAAAAACCGACAUUUAAACUCAAAGUUUUUGACCAAAUAACUUCAACACAAACAAACCAAAUGGAGUUUGUUUUGUCAGGUGAAAGUCAAUAUUCAUCUUAUGAGAUUUCACCACAACAAUUAUUAGACUUUGGUCCAGUAAUUACAGGAAGUAAUCAAACGAAAACAUUUGAGAUCCAAAACAACGGCGUUUUUUCAUUUGAUUGGGAAAUUUUGUUGUCAAAUGAACCAGAAGAGAAAGAAUCCAACAAUUCAAAGAAAGGAAACAACAAAAAGAAGCCUCCACCAAAGAAAGGAAAACAAAAACUUGUUGUUGGUCAAUUCUCAAUUCUUAAUAAUGCUGGACAAAUUCAACCAGGAGGAAAAGAGCAAAUUCCAAUUGAAUUUUCUUCAAAUACUGAUGGAACUUUUUCAUCAAGUUUUUACAUUAAAAUCUCAAAUGUGCCCGAAAACCAACAGUUUAUUGUUUAUAACUUGAGUGCCACUACUUACACGCCUCUUGCCGAUAUGAAGAACAUCGAGGAAGUCUAUAGUGACAUGAGAAUUUGUUUGAGAGAUGAUGUAGAAAGAAAAGAAUCAACAUGUUAUUUAGAAGAUGAAUCUUGUCUUCAUUUCACAAAUAACAAAGUAAAUGGACAAGAGAAAUUAACAGUUAAUAUUCCAAACCAUCUUCCGGUUCCUUGUGUUGUUAUCCCUACAUUAGUACAACAGAAUACUCCUUUCUCUAUUUCAAAACAAGAAAUAGAAAUUCAACCUUUAUCAAGUUCACCUUUAGAUGUCACUUUUUCGCCAAUUUCGGAUGGUUUAUUUAAGAAUACAUUGCAAUUUAAGAUGAAAUCCAAUGCGAAGAAUGUUCCUUUAUUAUCACAGAUCUUUUUAGAAGGAAAUGCAACUUAUCCUGUUAUUAACAUUGUUGAUAACAUCGAAAGUUAUUCUUUUGGAAGAACUUUGCUUUCAACAAAGAAAGAAAAGAAGAUUAAGAUCCAAAAUCCAACGAAUAUUUCGAUUUCAGUGAAAAUGAAUUAUCCGAAAUCGAAGAAUUUCAUUGUAAAAGAACUCCAAAAUUCUGUUUUGAAUCCAGGACAAGAAGAAACAUUUAAAGUCAUCUUUAAUCCACAAGAAGAUGGGCAAUUCGAUUUCAAACUCGAAUUAAAUGUUGAAAAUGAAAAAUCUUAUAACAUUUUGUUCUCAGGACAAGGACAUCAUGAAGAAUUAGUUGUCGACGGAGAGAAUUAUGAAGAUGACACUUUAGUUUUCGAUGAUGUUGUCGUUGAUCAACAAUCUUCAAAGAUUUUGGUCAUGAAGAACUUGUCAAAUGAUUAUAUAAGAUACGAAUGGAAUUUGCAGAAUGGAGAUGUUACAUUUUUUCCUUCAAUGGGACAUAUUCCUCCAAAACAAACUGAACAGUUGAGAAUAACAUUCAGAUCAGAAAAACCGCAAAAAUUAAACACAAAAGCUGUUUGUUCUUGGUCGAAAAUCCACAGAGAAACAACAGAAAAAUGGAAUGACAACAUUGUAAUAAAGAGAUUUGAUGUUGUUCAACCUUCAGCUCCUUCCAGUCAAAAGAAGAGUCCAAGGAGAAGUUCAAAUAGAAGAAGAAUCGAACCUUCUCCAAGUUCUUCAUUAAGUGUUUUGCAAGAAUUUUCCGAAGUUGCUCCAGAACCAGAAUUCACAAUCAUUGGCAGAAAAUGCAAAGAUAUUGUUGUUAAAAUCCUUGCAUUUUCUGAUUACGUCAAACUUAGCACGAGUUUGACUGAUGACAUCAAGAGCAAAGAGAAAUCAGCAGCGAUUUCAUUUUUGCAGACAAUGAUGUAUGAAACGAGAAAAGUCAAUCUUUACUUGUUGAACCAAUCGAAUAUUAAAUUGCAUUACCAAGUGAAAUUCUCCAAUUUCGAGUGCAAUGGGUUUGGCGACAAUCCAUUUUCUGUUUCACAAACAAGUGGAUUAAUUCCAAGUAAUUCUUCUUGUCCUUUGACGAUUUCGUUUUCUCCAAUUGAUGUUGAUGAUUUUUCAAUCGAUAUGACAAUUGCUUUACCUGAUGUAACAGAGAACCAAGUUAUAAAGAUUUAUGGAACUUCAGUUCGUCCUAUUUGUUUCAUCGACGCAGUGAUGGCGAAAGAUCUUCCUGAUGGAUCUAAAUCAAUCGAUGUUUUCACACCUCAGGUUGGAGAUAAGAAGUUAAUUAAACUUGGAUUAAGAAACACAACAAACAGAAUUUAUGAAGCACACAUCAAACAAAUUGAUGGUCCAAGAUGUGUUAAGUGCUUCACAGUAUCUCCAGUAAUUGGUGCAGGAAGAAGAUAUGAACUUGAAUUCGAAUUCAAACCUAUUUCAAAUCGUGCAGCAGAAACAGUUUGGGAAAUUGAAAUUCCUGACCACGAUUUGAAGCAAAGAUUCGUAAUUGUUGGCAGAGUUGAACCAAAAUAA